AUGGCCGAAGGACAGCUCUUUGCAAAGGUGAUGAAGAUGGUGAAAGUGCAAAAGUUAAAAAACUUUAGUGAUUUUGAGCCAGAGCUACAAAUUAUUCAAAUGAAAAAUGCAAUCAAAAAUACUUUGAAGAUCAAUUGCAAUAAAAAGUUCUUGGACAGAGAAAUGAAAGGCAACAAAAUGACUCGAGAAAGAAAAAUUUAUGAAACAACUUUUGACUGCAAAAUUAGUCAAUUAGAGGAGCUCAACAACUUAGAUAAGAUCACGAAUCAUCCUAUCUUUUGUGCCCAAAUGAAUAGAAUCUCAAAUGGUCCAUUACAAAGCUGGGGAAGUUUAUGUGCAAAAUCUGUGAAGCGUUUCCAUCAGACGUUUGAAAAUACAACAUAUCAGCCAGAAAAAAACAGUCCUUCUAAAAGUGUCAUACUUAAAUCACAGAAUACAUUUUUAAAUGAACGACAGCUGACAACUCAAACAGAGAUUAAAAAACAGCAAGAAUAUCAGUUUCAAGAUAAACUUAAUAUUAAUAAAUGUUUUAAACAAAGGAGCUUGGAUUUAAAGAGAAAUGAUAGAGGAUUUACUUAUGGUAAAAAAAGUGUGUUUACUUAUGUAUCAUCUCAAAAUUCAGUGACGAACAUAUACAAAAGCCCUUAUCCUAUAGAGAUUAGUUUAUGUAAUUUCUUUAGUUUAUUAAAUCAAGAAUGUCAUACUUUCAAGCAUUCAAAAUCUAGAGACACUCAACUCACAAUUCAUACUGAAAUUCCGUUUCAAAUAAACUUACCACUAACAGUUAAAAUGAAUUCUCUUAAAAUUAAUGAUAUUUGUAUAAGAAUUGUCCUUGAAUCUAAUUUACAUGAAAGUCAAGACAACUCUCGACAAGAGCGAGAUUAUAAACAUCCAGACAGUAUUAGUAGUUGUGAUUCGCGAAACAUCCCACUUCGAGACACGAAUUCUAUCAUGCUUUGUGACAGUAUAACGGUUAAUGCAAGACCUUUAUCAGUUAAUGCAUUCAUCACUACCACAGACUUAUCAGUUAAAAAGCAUUUUGCCCAUCAAAAAAAAAAUCUCAUCAGUCUUCCAUCACAGCUAUCUUCAUCAGUUAACACUGAAAAUUUAGGCUGUAACCGUGGCUUAUUAGUUGAGUUAGAAGUCGAAACAAUCGGAAAUAAGUCUUUAGUAGAACAGUUUUAUAAGAUUAUGUUUUUACAACCAUACCUGCAUCAACAUUUAAAGCAUCUAGACAAUAGAAAUCAGCUACUGUACAAAAAGAAAAAGCUUCCAGAAUUCCUAUUAUCAACCCAAAAAUUAGGUGAACAUAAACAGCUGAUUCAGUUGCAAAAUAUUGUAACUUCAAAUAGUACUACUAGUAUGGAAUUUAAAGACUUACCUUUUGAUAUGCCCAAACUGAAAAAACGCUUAGAACCAACCGAAAGCAUUAAACUUCGUUCAUCUCAAAAGUCAUCAGAUCAAUCAACCCAAGAUGUGAGAGUUACUUCAAUACGUGAUAAAAAUCACACCAGCUUUUUAUUGCGAUCCAAAAUGACACUAACCCUGAAAAAAAGCCAUCAAUCCGAUGAUAUAAACCUAAGUACAUCAGGUAUUCAGAUCUCUACUAAGAACUCUACAGCUACUCAUCCAGGUCUAUCAAUGAAAUGUUUUAACCCGAAUAAUAAAAUGAAGAAUUUUGUUAAUAUUGAACUACCCUUAGAAAAACAGAGUUGGUAUCAUGGAUCAAUAACUAGAGUUGAAGCUGAAGCAGUUCUACGCCUUUUGGAGGAAGGAAGUUAUUUAGUAAGAAAUAGUGACUUCACGAAACAAGAUUAUUCAUUAUCUCUGAAAAGUGCUAAAGGAUUCAUGCACAUACGUAUACGAAAAAAUAAUACAUUAAAUGCGUACAUAUUUGGGCAGUACAGUGAUACAUUCCGAAGUGUACCAGAAAUUGUGCACCAUUUUAGUAUAAAUCAAAUACCAAUCCGCGGUGCUGAGCAUAUGUGUCUUUUACAUCCAGCAAUAGGACAAUUACUAUAG